AUGGACGUCAAGAUUGCGUUUCUCAACGGGGAGCUCGAGGAGGAGAUCUACAUGCAACAACCGCAAGGGUACGAGCAAGGCGGGCUCAACGUGGUUUGCCACCUCAAGCGCACCUUGUACGGAUUGCGCCAAGCGCCGCGUGCAAGGCACACGCGCUUGAAGGAGGAGCUCGGGAACUUUGAGAUCGUGGCGUCCUUAACUGACACGGCGCUCUUUUUGGGAGUGGUGGACGGGGAGCGGGCUUACCUCAUUGUGUGGGUGGACGACAUUCUCGUCGCGGCCCGGGGGGCGGAGCGGAUUGCAAAGGUGAAGGCGCACUUGGCGGAAAAGUUCAACGUGCGCGACUUGGGGGAGGCGACCUACUUCCUUGGGAUGGAAGUGGCGCGCGACCGGGAGGCGCGCACUUUGAAGCUCACGCAAAAGAAGCUUGCGGGGGAGCUUUUUGGGUGGCACGGAUUGGCGGGCGCACGGGCGCGCUCGGUCCUCCUCGGCGCGGGGGAGAAGUCGAUCGAAGCACAUCGACGUGAUUCAUCACUUUGCGCGGGAGCGGGGGCGCGAAAGGAGGUCCAGUUCGCAUAUUGCAAAACGGAGGACAUGAAGGCGGACAUCUUCACCAAGGCAUUGGCACCCGGAAAGUUCUUGAAAUGCAAGAAGGAGAUAGGAGUUGCAUAG